AGUCACCCGGCGCAGACAGGACCCGCCCGGCGCUGGUGGCGGCGGGGACCGCGAGCUCAGGGCCGGGCCCAGCGCGUCACCCAGGCGGAGGCGGAGGACCCGGAAGCCACGGCGGCGCAGAGCCCAAGCGAGCGCUUGCUCCCGGGCGCCCGAGGGAAGAAGCGCCGGGCGUAGUCGCGGGCACCCCGGCCGGGCCAUGCGCCUGCGCUGCGUGCGCGGCUUCGCGCUGGAGCUGGCGCGGGGCCCAGGCGCGGCGUACCGAGGCGGGGAGCGGCUGUGCGGCCGCGUGCUGCUGGACGCCGCGGCGCCGCUGCGAGUGCGCGCGCUGGUGGUGGUGGCACGCGGUGGGGCGGCCACUCACUGGCUCGAGGGCCGCAGCGUGGGGGUCAACGCCGUGUCCAGCGACUUCACCGCCACUGAGACCUACCUGCGACGGCGACAAACGCUGCUGCACGACACGGGGGAGACCACGACGCUGCCCGCAGGCCGCCACGAAUUCCGGUUCAGCUUCCAGCUGCCCCUCACCCUGGUCACGUCGUUCGAAGGGAAGCACGGCAGUGUCCGCUACUGCGUCAAGGCCACCCUGCACCGGCCCUGGGCGCCCGCACGCCGCGCCCGGCGGGCGUUCACUGUAAUCCAGCCUGUGGACAUCAACACCCCCGCGCUGCUGGCUCCCCAGGCGGGCGUCCGUGUGAAGAUGGCCCGGCCCUGGUACGGCGCGCGCGGCCUGGUCUCGCUGUCUGCCAAGAUCGAGCGCAAGGGCUUCACGCCAGGCGAGGUGAUCCCCAUCAUGGCCGAGGUGGACAACGGUUGUGCGCGGCCAGUGCAGCCCCGGGCGGCCCUGGUGCAGACUCAGACGUUCCUGGCGCGCGGGGCACGCAAGGAGAAGCGUGUGGUAGUGGCGAAGGGGGUGGGCGCGCCCGUGGGGCCCGGACGGCGGGCGCAGUGGCAGGGCCCGGUGCUGCGCAUCCCGCCCGUGGCGCCAUCAAUCAUGCAGUGCCGCGUGCUGCAGGUCACCUACUCCCUCAAGAUCUGCGUGGAUAUCCCCUGCACGUCCAAGCUGCUGCUGGAGCUGCCGCUGGUCAUCGGCACUGUCCCCCUGCACCCCUUCGGCAGCCGCUCUUCCAGUGUGGGCAGUCAAGCCAGCUUCCUGCUCGACUGGGGGCCUGGCACCCUGCCUGAGCCGCCUGAGGCUCCUCCUGCCUACUCGGAUGUGGUGACCGAAGAGGGGGUGGCCACCGUGCCCAGCCCCUUCCCGCUGCCCCAGGACCUGAGCAUGGGCCUAGAUGGCCCCUACCUGGCCUACAUCCAGGAGUUCCGCCUCCGCCCUCCACCACUCUACUCAGAGGAGGAUCUGAACCCACCUCCAGAGGCCGCCAGGCGCCACUGCGUGACCUGCUGAGUGCCCAGCAGAGGCCUAGAGGGAUGAGGUGGCACACGGAUGCCCGAGCGCCAAGCCUAGCACGUCCAGGUUGGCUGAGAAUGCCAGGAUGGACCCUCCAUGGAAAGUCACGUGUCCAGGAGCAUCUGCACCCUGUGCCUGGCCUGCAGGCAGUGCUGGCUUCCAGGAAGGACAAAGCCAGUGUGACACCUGAAGGGAAGGGUAUUUUACCUGAGGCUUUGACAUCUGAAGAGGAGUUCAGCAAGCAGACAAGUGAGGAGGAGAAGACAGCUGGUGACAGUUGGGGCCCCUUCCUCUCAUGCAUUGGGAGAGCAGGCCACUGGUGCCGUCCAGGCUGUGGGAGGCCUUGGAGAGUGAAGACCACUGGUGCUGUCCAGGCUGGGAUUUCUGACACCCAGAACCGCAGUGCAGGGGCAGGACCAGGGAGUGAACGUCUGUGGGACUCAGGCCCUGGGUCAGGGUUGAGCAUUUCAAAUUGGAGUGACUAAACAAUGAGCCAGGCCUGGGGUGACACGCAGCGGGACUUCCAUCUGUGCAAAGGGAGGGGCAGCUGGCCCAGGUCCUCCUUAGGAGAGGUGAGGAGCUCCAUGACCCCUGGGAGUGCUGGUUAGGAGGCACAGGAGGCCGGGGCCUGCAGGCUCAGUCCUUACCAGAGCUUGGAGGGCUGGUGUUGCUGUGUUGCCAUCCCAGGCACCUGUGUUGAGGAUCAAAGGCCUGGCUAAGGGCAUGGAGGGGCCCAUCCUGCAGAAAGGAAACAGGCCCAGGGACACAGGGGCCAGGGUGGGGCAGGAGCCUGGCCCUGGUGCACACAUCCUCUGUGCUCUGCUGAGUUAGAGCGUGAGUGGUGGGUGGGGUCCCUGAAAGGACCUGGAGCAGAACUCUGGAGGUUUAUGAUUUUUAUUGAUUUAAAGUUCU